AUGUAUAGCUACUCUGGCUGGCUUGAGUUCGUACGACAGAAGAUCAUGUGGAAUUCCGGCACACUUGAAGUCAACUAUAGUGCUACGGUGUCUCUGGAAGGGGCUGAAAUGCACUUGGAGCAGCUGAGGAAGGAUUAUGUGCACCAGACUGCUUUGGCGAUGGUUGAAGAUAUGAUUUAUGGGAGCAUGCAUCAAAGCUUGGUAGAGUAUGAUUUUUAA